AUGGAGGUUUGCAAACAGGUAAAAAUCAACCUCCCACUCCUUGAUGCCAUCAAGCAAGUAACUGCCUAUGUAAAAUUCCUCAAGGACUUGUGUACUCAGAAAAGGAAAAGCAGAAAUCAUAUUCCCAAGAAAGUCCUUCGUACUGAGCAUGUGAGCUCCCUGAUUCAGCGCAACACUCCUUCGAAGUUCAAGGAUCCUGGAUCCCCUACAAUUUCAUGUAUCAUCGGACAUAGUGGGAUUGAUAAAGCACUCCUAGAUCUAGGAGCUGGUGUGAAUUUACUUCCCUAUUCAGUUUAUCAGCAACUUGGCCUAGGGGAACUGAAGCCCACGACAAUGAUUCUACAGUUGGCUGAUCGGUCUAUUAAGAAACCAAGAGGGGUAAUAGAAGAUGUCAUCAUCAAAGUAGAUAAGUUUUUCUUCCCAAUGGACUUCAUCGUACUUGACACUGAGCCCGUUCCCAAUCCUGAGAAGCUGAUCCCGGUCAUCCUUGGGCGCCCUUUCUUAGCCACGGCCAAUGCAUGCAUCAACUGUCGUACAAGAGUCAUGGAGAUCUCCUUUGUUAAUAUGAAGGUUAGGCUAAAUAUAUUCAAUGCAUUCCAGCAUGCACCUGAUCAGAAUGAGUGUUUCUUUGUGGACAACAUUGAAGAAUAUGUAGAAGAUUCACUCCCCAGUAUUUUGGCAAGGGAUCCUUUGGAAGACUACCUAACUCACUUUGGCUCUGAAGACUUCAACACCAAUCAAUACAUUGAUGAGGUAAAUGCCUUGCUAGAGACAGCUACCAGUGCAUAUUUUCAUCCAUGGAGACUACCCAAGGAGCCCCUACCUCCAAUUUCAAGCACUCCUCUCGUUCCUUCCCUUGAGUCUCCACCGAAGCUUGAAUUUAAGCCACUGCCAGACAAGCUCAAGUAUGCCUUCCUUAGUUCUAAUGAUACCUUGCCAGUCAUCAUUGCUUCAGAUCUACAAAAGGACCAAAAAGAUAGUUUAUAG